UGUGCUGCUGUAAACUUGUGCCUGCUGCGGACUCUGACUUGGAGGAGUCUGUCUUCUGUCUGCUUUCUGACUCCACUCAGGAAUGCAGCGGGAAGUGCGACAGCUUCAACUUACGCAGGACUCUACUGAAGUUUACUGAGCCUUUUUUUAUUUUUUUUAUUUUUUAAAUUCCAUACAUUGUACCUUGAAGUCAGUGCCACUGGAGGCUAUGUUUGCCAAUUGGCAAGGAGUCUAAUUCAGCGACGCGCAUAGGACCUGUAAGGAUUUGGAAAGACUGGCAGUUGCGCGUCGAGCUCCUCAUCUGCAUCAUGGGCUGCAACAAGGUGAUGUUAGGGGUGGUGGGGGCGGCUGUCGUCAUCACAAUAAUAACAGUUGCUGCAAUUUAUUUGAACAAACCUGGUGCAACUAAAAGGCCAUUCACCCUUGAAGAUUAUUUCAAUGAUACAAUUAGAUGGAGAGCCUACAAUUUGUACUGGAUAUCAGAUAAGGAGUAUCUUCAUAAAACAAGAGAUGGAAGCGUAUACCUCCACAAUGCUGAGACAGGAAAGAAGUCACUUUACUUGAGCAAUUCAACCUUUGCUGAAGUAGAUGCUGCAGAUUACCUGUUAUCAGGGGAUAACAAUUAUAUUGCUUUUGAAAGCAAUUACACAAAGAAGUGGAGAUAUUCAUACUCAGCUUCGUACUCCAUCUUUAACAGACAGACUUCCACUUUUAUAUCUGUGAAUCUUCCCCCUGUUGUGCAGUACUUUACCUGGGCACAGAAUGGAAAUAAAUAUGCUUAUGUCUCAGAUUUCAACAUAUUUAUAACUUCUAAUGUCACUGCUGAACCUGUACAAGUGACCCACAAUGGAAAAAAGAAUGAGGUCCUUAAUGGAGUCCCUGACUGGAUAUAUGAGGAGGAGGUGUUUGCAUCAAAUGGAGCGAUAUGGUGGUCGCCAAAUGGAAAUUAUUUGGCGUAUGCAGAGUUUAAUGAUACAGAGGUUCACAAAUUAGAGUACAGCUGGUAUGGAAAUGAGCAGUAUCCUGAAACAGUGGCUAUUCCGUACCCAAAGGCUGGAUCGACCAUUACAAAGGUGAAACUGUUUGUGAUCGACACUGCAAAUCCAUCCAAUCGCAUCCAAGUGGUCGCUCCUGCUUCAGUUAAGUCUGAUGAUCACAUUUUGUGCUCAGUGAACUGGGUUACAGACCAACGCAUUGCUGUGCAGUGGCUCACAAGAAAACAGAAUUAUGUGGUCGUACAGAUCUAUGACUUUGAUGGAAGCAACUGGAUGGAAAAACAGAAAUUUGAGCAAACAAGCAAGACAGGCUGGGUCGGUCAUUAUGUUCCUCUACCUCUUUUCUUUGCCAAGGAUAAACUCAGUUUCUACAAAGUGAUGAGUGACACCCAUGGAUACAAACACAUCCAUUAUGUGAAAGAUGGCAAGGCCACACCUAUUACCUCUGGCAAGUGGGAGGUUGUCUACAUAUCUAAAUUAACAAAAGAUGCCAUAUAUUAUGUGAGUAAUGAGUACAAAGGAACAGCCGUGAAAAGAAACAUGUACAAGAUUGCGAUUGGAAGCAGCCCUUCUGCCCCACAGUGCCUCACCUGUGAGUUGUAUGAGGACAGGUGUCAGUACAACUCAGGUUACUUCAGCUUUGACGCCUCUUACUACAGAAUGGACUGCUAUGGACCUGGACUGCCCCUCUAUACUCUCAGAGACAACAGACACUCAGGUGAAGAAAUCUCCGUUCUUGAGGACAACAAAGAACUGGAAAAUGUUCUGUCUGAAUUCCAGAUGCCAACAAUGCAGUAUGGCACCUUUAAGGUCGCUGGAUUUGACCUUUGGUAUCAAAUGAUGUUACCACCAGAUUUCAAGAAAACAAAAAAAUAUCCUCUUCUUAUUGAUGUGUACGGUGGCCCCUGUAGUCAGACGGUGUCUUAUCGUUUCAAGUUGAACUGGGGCACUUAUCUCUCCAGUUCAUAUGGGAUUAUCUACGCCAGCUUCGAUGGACGGGGAAGCGGUUACCAAGGCGAUGAAAUAAUGCACUCAAUCUACCAUCGUCUUGGGACAUUCGAAGUAGAGGAUCAGUUAACAGCAGUAAGGAAAUUUAUUGACAUGGGUUUUAUCGACAAAGACAGAAUAGCGAUAUGGGGAUGGUCAUAUGGUGGUUACAUCAGCUCCAUGGCCCUGGGUGCUGGAACUGGACUCUUCAAGUGUGGGAUAGCAGUCGCUCCAGUCGCCAAGUGGGAAUAUUACGAUGCCGUGUAUACCGAGCGCUACAUGGGCAAGCCAUCUGAGAAUUCAGACUCUUACAAAAAUUCAACUGUGACGGGCAGAGCCAAGAACUUCAAAACAGUCGACUAUCUAUUAAUUCAUGGCACAGCUGAUGACAAUGUCCAUUUCCAGCAGGCAGCACAGAUCUCCAAAGCUCUAGUGGAUGAGCAAGUGGACUUUGAGGCAAUGUGGUACACUGACAGGGGUCAUUCACUCAGAGGAUCCGCCUACCAUCAUGUCUACACCCACAUGAGUCACUUCCUGCAGAAAUGCCUGGUCAAGCCCAAAUCAGCGAGAUAGAAGUUAUAGUGAAACUUUUUACAAUUGUGUAUUUGUAUCUUUGUAGUUGAUAUUUUUGCAUUGUCAGAUUAAACUCUGUACAUUUUAUGGAUGUUUUUAUGUGCAAUGGAUUUUUGAUUGCUCACAAAAGAGCAGUUGCAUUUCAUGUGAAAUUCUUAAAAUUCUCUUAAAUAUGUGACAUGUGAAACACACUAAAAGCCAUUGCAUGCAUCUGUGGUUACAUUAUUAUGUGAAUUUGAUUAAA